AUGGGCUCUGGUGCUUCUAAAGGGAUUGCAGCCGCGGUGGCUGCUGCGCCAAGCGACGAUCUCAAGGCAGCCUUCUCGAGCAUGAGCCAGCAGGAUAAGGACAAACUGAUAGCCGCACUGAGCGAGAAGUCCGACCCAGUCUUCGGGUUUUCCUCCGGCCUUCCCAAUUGCUGCGCCUCCAACCCCGAGUCUUACAAGGUGGUGGCCGAAAUCCCGAACGCCCGUCUCGUGGAGAUGAAGAUGGCGGCGGGCGCCGAGGACGCCACGCACGAACACCCGGCGCACUCCAUGUACUUCGUCACCCCGGCCAAGCUCUGCAUCACGGACUACCCAGACGGCAAGACGCCCGGGGAGCCGCACAUCGUGGAGAUUCCGGCCGGGGCCGCGCCCAUCUUCCCGGCCGGCGCUCACCAGGUCAAGAACGUCGGUGAUCAGGAGGCCAUCGUCAUCUUCGUGGAGGCCCUCCCCAAGUGCAUGCCCUGCGGCGACGUCAGUCCCUUCGUCAAGCCUUUCGUCUGCUCGCCUGACUGCUACAAGAUCCAUGCUGAGAACGACGACUGGAUCACUGGCGAGAUGAACAUGGAGCCGGGGGCCGCAGACGCUUUGCACAACCACAAGGACCACCUCAUCUACGUCCUCGCGGGGGACGAGAUCACGAUCUACCCAGGCGGUGACAUGGAGAAAGGGCAAGUCGUUCCCAUUAAGCCGUUUGCUGGGGUUCCCGCGCCGAUGUCCGCGGGGCCCAUUUUCAGCAACCACAUCGUGAAGAAUUCAGGGUCUGUCCCGGUAAAGAUGCUCUUCUUCGAAAUGAAGAAGUGA